AUGUCUCUCCAUGCACCUUCCUGGGCCUCGUCUCGCCUCGCUCUCGACACUCUCCGUUCGGCCCCUGGCGAUGCAUUCAUCCAGCAGGAGCAGCAACAACUCUGUCCGCGGGUUGUAGUGAUGCAAGCAGCAGGCAGACAACGUACGCAGCAGCAGCAGCAGCUCUACCAGCGUGCACGACCACCCCACGCGCUGCAGCUCACACGCACUCACGCCACGCACGCGAGCGACAACGAAAACGCGCGUGAGCUCUCAACCGCUCGCCCGCCUUGGACCUCAGGCAUCAUCAGGAACCCUGCGUCGAGUCGUGACCCGCCCGCCGCCGAUGGCGCCGCUGGCGCCGCUCGUGGUUCAUCCCAAAGAGCCGACCAGUCACGAAACCCAGGUAGACAGGCAAGCCGGCAGGCAGGCAGGGGAUGGAGGGCCCCGGCUCGCUCCCUCGCUCGGCCGUCGAGCAUUCCGCCAAGGUAA